GAAAGUCCAAAAUCUUCGGUGAAGUUUGAACCCGAGAUUUCUUUUUCCAGAGCUUGAGUGUCAAUCAUCAAAUCACCAAGCAAUAAACUUUGCGACGACACAAAUCAUUGCCGACUACCCCAGCGAGCAUAAAAAUGUCAACGGCACAGCAAGUAGUCAAGUUGAAGAGAAUAGUAUGGACGGGUGCAAUUGCAUCAGUUACAGUCGUGGGCACAAUCUACGGUGCUGGAUUGAAAACGCAAGGAGAACAAAAACAGCAAAUUCGCAAAGUCCGCGAAGCCCCAAUCUCCGAGCGAAUUUCCCAUCUCGAAGAACAGCGAGGAGUACUGGUAGGGAAAAGAAUGGGGCUGCAGAAGAAAAUCGAAGAAUCACAAAUGAGGAGGAAUGGGGCGACGGUGGAAGAAAGUACCAGGGGAAUGGAGAGGAAGAGGGGAGAAAAUGUUGGGCUAACGAUGGAGGGGGAGAGGAAGGCGACGAGGGUGGAUAUGGAGGAUAAUUUGAGGGUGGUGGGGGUGGAGACGGAGAUUGAAGAGGGGAAGAAGGGAAGAGAGAGGAAGAGGACUUGGUGGUGAGGGGAGUACAUGCUUAGAGAUUCGAGAUAUUCGGGGGAAGAGGCAGGCUAUACAUGCGGUGGCGAAGACUUGUGAUAGGGCUGGACUUUGACCAUAAGCAUCGAUAUUUCCAUGGACUCGAGAAGAUGGAAAUUGACGAUUGCAAAUACAUCGCAUAGCACAAGAGGGAGAGACUUAUAGUCAGGCCGGAGUAGCUGUACUAUAGGGGCGGCAGCAUAAGAAUUGCAAGUCGUCAUCGAGAAAAGAAGGGAAAGGGACCUGGCAGCCGAAUUUCGAGAAAGCAGUCUACAUCAUAAAAGUGAAAGAAUGCAAGAAGACUCUCACUCCGAUUACCGGAAAAAGGACCACAUGAAACUUUUUCUAGCCGACUCGCCAUCUUGGAUAAAUCAACCACUUCGCACUCUCAACUCUCAAACAGCGGAAGACGAGCUUUGGAAUUGGGAUCAAAAUACCUUCGUGUUGGGGAAAUUUACUCGACAGAACAUCUGGAUCAUAUACAAGCCAUUAUACUAUACUGGCUCUGAUAGAUGGCAAAUAUCAAACUCACAGUUAGCAGCCCCAAUGUUUUGAGUAGUCAUGAGGAGGAUGUAGAUAUCACUACAUAGCCAAUGAUACCUCCUGAGAUAAUAUCAUCAGAUGAUUUGUAUGUCAAUAAAACACUAAGACGAUGCAAACCUGCCUUCAUGAUUAUUAUCUCAAAUGAUAUAUAAGCUGUUUGCAAGUGCGUUCUGAAGGUUACACAUGCAUAUGAUAUACGAUCGUUCAAGCAAUUCUAUCGAAGUCCCUGGAAUCUUGUUACAUGGCAAGUCGCUCAUUCAAAAUGUAUUUCCAUUACAAUCUCAUUUUCGUAUACGUGAAUGAUUUCAUGGGCUAAGCGGAUCCAUCGUUGAUAACUAGACACAUAUAUCUUGACAAAAUACACCGAUACAAAGAUAUCA